GGACGGCUUGUCUCUCUAGUUCCUAAUCAGACUGUUUGUUCUCUCUUGUUUUUCAGAAAACCAGGAAUUGAGAAUCAUGGCUGCGAAGCCCAAACUGUAUUACUUUGAUGAAAGAGGCAGAAUGGAAUCCGUGCACUGGCUCCUGGCAGCUGUUGGUGUGGAGUAUGAAGAAGUGCUUUUCAAAACAGCUGAAGAUUUUGAGAAUUUAAUUAAGGGUGGAAAACUAAUGUAUCAACAAGUGCCAAUGGUUGAAAUGGAUGGAAUGUACAUAGUACAAACCAGAGCCAUUCUGAAACACAUAGCUACAAAAUAUGAAUUGUAUGGGAAGGACCUGAAGGAGAGAGCAAUUAUUGACAUGUAUGUGGAAGGGAUGAGGGACCUGAAUGACAUGAUUAUGUUCUUCCCAUUUUCUUUGCCUGAAGAAAAACAAAAGAUUCUCAACUACAUCCUGGAGAGGGCCACUCAAAGAUUCUUCCCAGUGUAUGAGAAGGCAUUAAAAGACCAUGGGAAAAAUUACCUUGUUGGCAACCAGUUGAGCUGGGCAGAUGUCCAGCUGCUUGAAGUCAUCCUAAUGGUUGAAGAACUCAAGUCUGACAUUCUGUCUGCAUUCCCUAAGCUUCAGUUCAAAGCUAGAGUCAUCAGGCUCCCCAGGAUUCAGAAAUUCCUUCAGCCUGGUAGUCCAAGAAAGCCACCAGUGGAUGAUGCAAGUUUUGAAGUUUGGAGGAAGGCAUACAACAUUGAUAAAAAUGUGUUUCUUCAACACAUGUGAAUAUCCAACUCAAGUAAAGAGUUCUAAAGAGCAAAAUUAAUAUUUUAGUUUCCAUCUGUAGUCAUGCCCACAGAAAUACUAGGAUAUGUUCCUGUGACAUUCCUAGGUUCAAUAACUAGAAAAUAUGAUUACUCCCUAUAGGUCUUAUUGUAAAUCAGAAAACCUAAUCUUUAUAUUGCUUAUUAUAAAACUUCAUUUAAUCAGAACCUCACCUUACUCAGGAUUGUAGAAUCAUAGAUUAUGUUCUCUUUUUUAUUCCAAUAAACAGUUAAAUUUAGAGCCAGGAGAAACCUUAGAAAUUUUUGAGUGUAGUUGUGUCUCCUCCACCCCGACCCCGGUGCUUUUUACUCAAACAAUAAUUAAAGUCCAGAGUUGUUAUGUGACAUACUCCAAGGUCACACAAAUGGUCAGUGGUAGAACAGGGAUUCAAGCUCAGGUUGAUUAUAAAAUUUGGAUAAUAAUAGCAUUUACCUCCCAGGAUUGUUGUAAGGAUCAAAUGAAAUAAUAUUUGUAGAGUACU